AUGGAACAUGUAGACCUGUCACUUUAUUCGUGAGCCUAGAAAGUAAUUAGCUAGUGUUUACCUGCCGGUCCACGCCAGACUUUAGUUUGGGCUGAACCACAAUUAAAGGGAGAAGGAGGGGGGAUACUGCUAGUGGCGAAAAUGGUUGAUAGUGGAAAAAAGCGAAGCAAAGCAUCAGGUCGUUCGACAAGCAAUAAUUAGAGGGAGGGGUUUAUAGAGGAAAGGGCGGAGGUCGAUUGAAGCUGAAGAACUAGGAUGUGUUCAUUGGAAGACAUCAGGAACAAAUACAAACUUCACCUGUUGGUCUGGCACAACCAGUAUAGAGAAGUUGAGGAAGAACUGAAACAACAUGAUAUUGAAGCAGUUGAUCCACGGGGUCGGACGCCAUUGCAUCUCGCUGUCUCACUAGGACACUUGGAAUGUGUCAACGUACUGCUUCGAAACAAUGCCUCUGUCGACAAGGAGAAUGCCAAAGGAUGGACAGUUCUACAAGAGGCAGUCAGCACAGGAGAUCCUGAGCUGUUGGAAAAAAUUCUUCAGUAUCGAGAUUACAAUCGAAUAAACUCGCAGCUGAAUGGAGUUCCAGAACUACUCAACAAGAUACAAAAGACUUCUGAUUUUUACGUGGAAAUGAAGUGGGAGUUUACCAGCUGGAUUCCCCUGGUGUCAAAGAUGUGCCCAAGUGAUGUGUACCGUGUGUGGAAGAGUGGUGCCAAUCUGCGAGUGGAUACAACCUUACUGAACUUUGAGAAUAUGAAGUGGGAAAGGGGCCAUCGCACCUAUAUGUUUCAGGGCAAGGCUGACUCAGCAGAAUUUAUAGAGAUAGACCACGAUAACCAAGUUGUAGACCGAGAACAUUUUACACUUUCAGAAGAGCAACAAGGCCUCGCUUUAUCCUCCAUAAGACCAACAAAGGACCAGAUUGCAAAUCGCCUUACAUCCCCUAUCGUUUCUACGUGCCUUGACACAAAAAAUAUAUCCUUUGAGAGGAACAAAUGUGGAUUCUGGGGCUGGCGGACAGAGAAGACUGAUGUUGUUCAAGCAUAUGAGGCCAAGGUUUUCACUGUGAACAAUGUUGAUGUGGUAACCAGAAGCCGAACAGAACACCUGACUGAUGAUGAGAAGACCAAAUAUAAAGAUGAUAAAAAUCUGCUUGAAUCUCUGCUGGGAAAAGUGGAGGAGCACAUCAGCCCACAGAAUGGGCACCUCAUUACAGAAACUGCAACUAUGAACAAUGUGACAUCCAUCACGCCAGAGGAAUAUUUCAACCCAGAGUUUGACCUUGGAGACAGAGAUAUUGGUCGACCUAUGGAGCUUUCUGUCAAAACACGCAAAUUUAAAGCAACACUGUGGCUGUGCGAGGAAUACCCACUGUCCUUCGUGGAGCAGGUUAUUCCAAUCAUUGAUCUGAUGGCAAGGAGCAGCAUACACUUUGCAAAACUCAGAGACUUCAUCACGUUACAGCUGCCACCAGGAUUUCCUGUCAAAAUAGAAAUCCCACUCUUCUACGUACUGAAUGCACGAAUUACUUUUGGAAACGUGAACGUAUGCAGCACAGAUAAGGCACUGACUCCACAAGCACAGAAAGGAUCACAGAGCAACUUGGUCAUGUCAACAUCUAAUGGAGGCUCUAAUUUUAAAGUGGAUCCAUCUGUUUUCACCAUACCAGAAAAUUACCACAUCCGUGGAAUGGGCAAGAAUAUGGGGCUUGACGUUGAGGAUGAGAAUGAUCAGUUGAUCCAGUUUGCAAUUCAGCGGAGUUUGCUGGAUUGUCACUCUGGUGGUGAAGAUGUGUGGGAGAUGCCAUCCAGCGAGAAUUUACAGUUGGAGCAGAAUUUGAACCAAGAUGAUGAAAGGGCAAUCAAUGAAGGCAUUACAAUAGGUUGCCAUGGCUCUCGCAGCACAAAUGAGUACUCUACUUACAACACUCAACUACAAAUUGCCAUGGAGCUUUCUGCCAAAGAACUUGAGGAACAGGAGGAAAGACAGAGAGAAGAGGAGGCUAUGCUGAAGCAAAUAUUGGAGCUUUCCCUACAGGAGAAAUGAAGGCUGGUCAUGGGCCAACUGAAACGGGUUCACAGCACUUUAAUAAUCUGUUACAACCAUGAAAUUAAUCUGACUUUUCUUAAAGUAUAUGUUUCCUCCAUAUUUUUAUCAUCUGACUGAACGUUCAGCACCUGGCUGGCAGCAUGUAUCAACAGUUCUUUCAUCACAGAUCCAGGGUGUAGAUAACAUUGUUAGUUCACUGGGAAUUAGCCUCUCACGCAAACCUUACAGACAAAAUUUGUCUUAGAAGCCAAAGUAUCAUUUAUUGACUUGGUUCCAAAGCAGAACUGCAUUAUAGUGAGCCUUCUGAUGUGAUGGUCUUGUUGAGCAUACCUUCCAGUGCUGUAUAGGACACAAUGAUCGCAAACAAAUCAGCUUGUUCCUGCAUCAAAAUAAACUUCUCAAAACAACAGACAAGCAAACAUUAGAACUUUUAACAAAAUACAUGUAUUGAUAUUUUCAAUCUGUGCAAAUACUUCUACUGAUGUUACCAAUGCCGUAGGAUGCACCAGGAAUGAUACAAGCAAAGCUACAUUUAUUAUCCAUCCCUAGUUGCCUCAAAAUAGUGAUUGCAAACCAUGUGAUCAUGAGGGUAGGCAAAGCCCUGGUUCCAUAUCUCAUCCUAUGUUUAGGCAAUUCUUGCAUGCUCACAAUUUCCAGGAGUGAGCGCUGGAUAGCGUUAUUCCACACCUAAGCUCCAGCUAAGGUAAGCUAAGACUGUAAGACUUUGUCUAUACCAGCAGAUAUUGAUACUGACUCAAAAUGCCAUAUGGUGUUGAAGCAAGGGGGUGGGCAUACAUGUUGAGUUAUCAUUGAGCUUUGUUUGCAGACUGUAAAUGAUGAAUGUAGCAUUUGAUCUUGCCAGGUUUCACAAGUGAAUGCCCAUACUCCUAUCUUCGUACAUAGCUCUGACAGUAGUAUAAUGUGAAAUUCUUUUUACUCCAUUGGGGGAGGGACAGGGGCAGAGGAGGAGAAACAGGUAACAAACCUAUCCUAAUCAUUUCAGAUUUGUAAAUUAAUGAGAACUUUAACUUAUACUUUGAAAUAACAUGGUACUAUAGUUUCACUUUUCUGUAAUAAUUACAUUUGAAGAAAAUUAAACUUUCUUGACUGCAGUGAA